AUGCGCGUCGUCCUCUAUGAAGCAGCAGGUCAAGCUGGGGUGCAGACGAGGAAGCUGAUGUCCUCUCCCGGCGGUCCUUGGUGGCUCUAUGGAGGGAUCCCGGGGGCGUUGCGGCCGGAGCCGAUGGCGGUCCAGCAGGACCAGGGGGUCGAGAGAGCACGCCGCACCUCUCGGACGGACGCAGGCAGCGCACGUGCUGCAUCUGCGUCAAUGCCCAUGAGCCCGCGCGCCAGAGCCGCGUGCUGCGUUGGCUUGCACACAGCUCUGUUGAGCGGUUUCUCGAUGGUGCCCGACGGCGAGACGUAUGGCUGCCGAAUACGCGACAUCCACAGGGGCAGAAGAUAUGGGUUCCACGACAUCAAUCCCACGGGAAUUAUCGAAGAUGGGCUCCUAUUUUACCUGGUUGUUGACUUCUCCCAUUCUCCAUGCUCGUCGGCUCGUCGCGCUGGGCUGCCCGACCAGACUGGACCAGACGCCCUGGACCACCGAGGAGUCUGA